AUGAAGUCUUACAUGCAGUGGGCAGUGGCUGCCCUUGCAGUUCCGCUCUGCGCAGCCCAGACAUACAGCAGCUGCAACCCGUUGAACAAAACCUGCCCAGCUGACAAAGGCCUCAACCAGUGGUCUCUGAGCACUAAUUUCACCGUUGGAGAAUCCGCCUUUGACAGGUGGAAUGUGACCGCCGGAACCGUGAACAGCACCUCGAAGGGUGCCGAAUUCAAGAUCAGCCAGGAGGGCGAUGCACCUACCAUUGAGUCGAACUUUUACAUCUUCUUCGGCUACGUCGAAGUGACCUUUCGCGCGGCCAACGGCACCGGUAUCAUCAGCACCAGUGUGCUGGAAUCCAAUGACCUGGACGAGAUUGAUUGGGAACAAGUCAGUACGUUUGACGACGAAAUCCAGACCAACUACUUUGGCAAAGGAAACACCACCUCCUACGAUCGUGCCACCACCGUGAACGUCACCACCCCUGAGGAAACCUACCACACCUACGGAGUCAACUGGACGUCUACUAAGACGGAGUGGAUUCUGGAUGGCACUGUCGUCCGUACACUGGAAUAUGCGGAUGCCGUCGAUGGCAAGAACUACCCCCAGACCCCAAUGACAAUCCGCGUUGGUAUCUGGGCUGGUGGCGAUCCUGACAACGCUGCGGGAACGAUUGAAUGGGCCGGUGGCGAGACCGACUACGAUGAUGGUCCCUUCAUCAUGUACCUGGAAUCAGUCAAGGUCAUCAACUACAACCCGGCCGAGUACUACAACUACACGGAUAAGACGGGCGACUACACGAGCAUCCAUGCCUACAACACCACGUCGUCCAACUCGACCUCGUCCAAGUCGGCCUCGGGAUCAAGUUCCAGCUCCAACUCCAGCUCCGCCUCUUCUUCCUCAAGCACUACGUCUACAUCCAGCAGCGGUGCGACUGGUCUUUCGGUCGGGUCAUUGAUGGUGUUGGUUGGUGCCGGGCUACUUGCUGGAUUGAUCUGA